GAACGUCGCUGCGGGCUGCGCUGCUGCGAGGUGGGUGCGGGCCGGGGAUGGAGGAGGUGGGGAGGUGAGGGGUGCUUAGCCGGGGUUUGGAGGGAGGUUGGUAAGGGUGUAGGGAGUGCGGUUCGGACGGAGUGGGUGAAGAUGGAGGAGCGGGGUGGGGAUCUGGCCUGCUUACAGGGGGGUAGGAAUCACGGAGGAGGUGGCUGUGGCCGAGGGGAGGUUGAAGGGGUUUGCUUUAGAGCUGUGGUAGAAGAGAUGAGGGUUGUAGUGGGGUCUGGCGUGGAAUUGUUGGACAAAACACGAUGCUCAUCUUUACUUGAGUCUAGAUAGAAGGAAAGGGGUGUCAUCUGUUCGCUGACCCAAAGGAGGCCUUGGGUAUAAGGGAACCUUUAAGAUCAUACUGGCCCAACCCUGUCUGCUGUGUUGUUUUUGGGUCAGCAGGUGGCUGUGUUAUGUUCGGGGUAAGGAGGGAGAAGACUGUCUUUCAUAGUGGGGAAAAGGAAUGAGAAGGGGAGGGAAGUGUAUUUUUGUGGGUGUGGAGAGGUUCAGCUUGAGGUAAGAGAAUAGCGAGCCUUGGGGAUUGCAAUUGGGUAGGGGAAGGGAGCGAGCUGUGGGAGGAAGGGUGGGGAGAAAGAAGGGUUCACUGCUGAGGUGGGGCAGGGGGCUGUGUAUUUUGGGCUCCUUACUGCAAGAAUGAUAUUGAGGCCCAGAUGCACCUUCAAAGAAGGGCAGAAAAGCUGUGAAGGUUUCUGGAGUACAGGUCUUAAGGGGGAGUGGCUGUGGGAACUGGGGUUGUUCAGUCUGGAGAAGAGGAUGCUCAGAGGAGCAAUUAUUGCUCUCUACAGCUGCCUGAAAGGACUGAGCAGGAUUGGGAUUAGCCUCUUUUCCCUGGCUGGAGUUGUGCCAGGGGAGGUUCAGGUUGGGUGUUUGGAAAAACUUCUCAGAAAUUGUGGUAAUGCGUUGGCACAGGCUGCCCAGGGAGGUGAUGGAGUCACUGCCUCAGGAGACAUUCAAGAACCAUGGAGAUGUGGCACUGACGGAUGUGGUUUAAUGGGCACUUUAGUAUUCUUUUCUAACCUUAAUGAUUCUAUGACCCUGGCAGGAAAAAAAGUGGGACUUAAGAAGUGGAGUUCUAUUUGUGUUUUGAAAUGGAGGGAUCAAAGCAGGGUCAAGAUUAAAGGGCAAGCUGAUGAGUACUAAUAUGGGUGGUGCAGGUGCUGCUGCAGGAAAUGAGGUAGCUUGUAUUUAAUUAGAUGCAAGAGGAUUUGGUGAAAUUAUGAUCUUCAAGGGAGCUGCUUUUUAUCAGGCAUACAGUCUGGUUUUUGGGUGGUGCUGUGUGGAGACAGGUGUUUGACUCAGUGAUCCUUAUGGGUCCCUUCUAACUUGAGUUAUUCUAUAGAGAAGCCCCUCAGCUUUGAGCCUUCCUUUAGUAGGGAUUUGUUGGGUCUUUUAGAGCGAGGGGGGAUGAAUCUCACAGUACAGAGCUACUGUGAAUCUUUACCUGUUGUAUUUCUGGGUGGGUCACUUCAGAGUACAUCGCGUUUUGUAGCAUCAUUAGGGGAAUGGAAAGUUACAAGCUUGGUGGGGGCAGCAUGUUAAACCUUUCAUUAAAAAGGACUCGCUAUUUGACAGUCCUUAUAAAUGUUCUUAAAAUAAGUGUUGCUGGGCUGACAGAACUGUUACAAUUUGUCAUUUCUGAGAUGGUAUGGUUUGGAAGUAAACCAUCGAAGAUUGUGAUCUUAUGGAGCUCUUCUAUGAAGGAGGACCAAAAGCAAACAUCAAUAAAUUACAGACAUGUGGAGAAGCAUUUUGCAGUUAAUUAGCAAGAUGAGAGGAACCUGUGACUGAGUACUGGAGGCUCUGAGGCACAAAAAGAAGCUGACUGUCAGGCAAAGCCUCUGAGCUCUCAGAUCCAGGGGUAAGCAUACCUCCUCUGUUGGAUACAUGUAGCUUUAUUUUACCUGCUCUCGUGGGCUUUGAAGAGGAAAAGAGAAAACGUUUUCCAUACGGAUGGACAGAUUUGUAAACAUAGCAGUUCCCAAAGAACUGUCUGGGGUUUCUGAAGCUACAGAUAAAGUUAAUUUUUCUGGCUUUGAAAGUGUUGCUGCUGUGGAAGAGGAUCUGAACAGCGAGCUGAUGAACGAAGACAUCCGUAUCCAUAGCUGGCCUUGUUCUUACUACUUUGACACCAACAAGCAAUGGGUCUCUGGCAGACUCUCGCUGACCCCUGUUGCAAUCAAAUUUACAGCUGACAAGACUGGGGAGGUUUUAGUCAACUUCCAUCUUUCUAGUAUCAGUGAGAUCAAGAAGGAAUCGUCAAAUUUAAUCUUCAGCUCUCUUACCAUCUUGGAGAAGAACACCAAGCACUGGUUCAGUUCUUUGCAGCCCAGCAGAAAUGCAGUGUUCAACAUCCUUGAGCACUUCUGGAGGGAGCAGUUGCUGUCAAGUGAAGGCACAGGAGCAGAAGCAGCAGCCUUGCAGUCAACAAAAGGAAAGGAACUGACUGGGUUAUUGACUGGGUCUCAGAAACGGCUGGAGGACACAGCAAAAGUGCUGCAUUACCAGGGCGAGCAGUUUGAUAACAUCAUGAGAGGACUCAACAAGAUCGAAGGGGAUAUGGACGUGGCAGACAGGCUGUUGACUGAACUCGAAUCUCCUUCUUGGUGGCCAUUUAGCAGCAAGCUCUGGAAAGCACCAUUGGAAACGAAGCCAAAGGAAACUGCCACAGUUUCCGAUUUGAAGAACCAGGAAGGAAUCAUAAUUAGAAUUCCAGUUAUUAUCACCCACAGAACAGACUCAAAUGUGAAGCCAGGAAAACUCACGCUCUUCGCUUCUGGCCUGGAAAUCAGUGACUGCAAUUCUCAGGUCAUUCACCGGUUUGAAUCAAAGGAUGUGGAUGAUAUCAAAGUUCACACACCGUAUGAAAUCAGUGUCCGUCAGAGGUUUAUUGGGAAGCCUGACACCUCUUACCGGCUCUUGUCAGCAAGGAUGCCAGAAGCAAUCUCAGUCUUAGAGAUGCAGUUUAGCAAGAAGAUACAGUUUUUAGAAGAUGCCCUGGGAUUUGUUGGUCCCAGGAAGUCUCCUCAGGUAGAUUUUGGCACCUCCAUUUGGCAAGCAGCCACAGGACUCCUGGGAGGAGUGGUGCAGCCCAGCUCUCCAGUGGGAGGCAGAGAGGGAACAGACAGUGACCAGGUUCAACUGCAGAAGCAUGAGAAGAUCUCUCAGGAGGAGGCAAAAGAGCUUAAACAGAUACUGAAGAAGUUGAAGAGCCUUGCCUUGGAGACAGAAGCAGAACUGGAGAGACAGGACGAAGCUCUUGAUUCCAUCACUACCUCCGUCGACCGUGCGACGCUGAAUAUCGACAAGCAGAACCGCAGAAUAAAGAAACUGACGUAGCGCCCAUAGGAAGCAACAGGGAUGGCACCACGAGGAAGAGGGGAUCAGGGAAUUGUAUUUUUAAAGACUGUUUCUGUAUAGACACUUUGUGUGGGAGCUGCUUGCGAUGUUGUCUGGAGUGCAGUACGGUUGAUGUCAAGUUCUGAACGUGUCUCCAGGCUUGGAUGGUGAUUGUUGGCUGUUUUAGGAUGAAAAAGGCCAAAUCUUUUAAUCACAGUGAAACAGUGAUAGUGGAUUCUUUACUACAGAAAAUCUGUAAAUACAAAGGGAUGUGAUUUCAUCUGAAUGAACUUUUAUGCUGCUUUUUAUGUUGUUGCUUUUGAAAGGUGGUUUUUGUUUUUUACUGCAACAAAGAAGGGAGAAAUGAACUGCAUGUGAGGCUACUUUAGAUGAUUACAACCUGUUAAUUCUCUAUUUCUUGCAAAUAGUUAAUAGCUGAACUGAGGACCAGAUGUCCAACCACAAGUCACUGAGGCUUUUUUGUGUGUGUGAGUUAAUGCUGAGGUGAGCAAAUGAUGGUGAUAAAACCUUGUGUUCACUGAACGAGUAGUUUUAAUAAAUUUCAAACAUAUUUUUAAUGUACUCAGAAAUUUUAUAAGAAUAAUGAAGGAUUAGUGGCCACAGCUGUUGUGCCAUGUCCAGGGAAAUCAAGGGAAGAAUUUUAGUUAAUAUGCAUGCAUCGGUACAGACAUUGACUUACUAAAGCAUUUCUUUCCCAUUGGAUGAAUAUUUUGCUUACUUAGGUCACUUACAAAAAGUGUCAAAGUUAAAUAUAUAUGCUUCCUCUUUCCAAAGAGGGAUUGCUGAUUUUUGAUGAACACCUACACCUUUUGUUUUAUUUUUCACCUUUGUACCUCAGAAUAAAUGAAGGAAUUGAUUCUGGAGUAGAGGAAAGUGUUUUUUCAUGGAUGGAUUUAUUCAGUGCAUCUCUUGUAGUUCACUGUGUGUAUUGCUCUCUUGCACAUAGUGGUUUUGUAUAUUUGAUAAUGGUCUGAUGGAUCCAGUGUCCUCAGAACAUCAUGAACGUAGCAUUCACUUAGUGUGCUGCCUGCUUACUUUGUUGGAGCUGGGCUGCUGUAUCUCUGAUGGAGGCUAGUGGAAGGCAUCUUGUACCUUUUCAUCUCUACCUUCAGUUUCCAGGGAUCUCCCAUGCACUCUUCUCUGACUCUAAAUGCAAACUUCAUGUGUGCUGGGGAGCUUCGUCUGUUCCACAUUCAUAGGUUGAGAGGCCAAUGGCUGGAACCGCAGGCGCCUGCAUAUCAUUUUGCUGCUGUGCAUCUGUCUGCCUUCUGAUCACUAUUUAUUUGCACUAACUGGUGAUGAAACAUUUCAAGACUUCUUUUAGUUCCACAUUUCUAAAAUAAAAGGGAAUAUUGCCAAUUGUUGUCUAGUAGAUUUUGUUUACAGUCAGCUCCACUGAGUCUACAGGACAGCGGAGAUGUUUUCCUAACUUACUGGAUACUGUAUUGGAGGGAUUCUACAUAAUGCAGCCUAUGACCGAGUAUUUGAAAGGCAGAAUUGCUUUUCACCUCCCAUUUCAUUGAGUCCUGCUGUUGACCAGCUAUUUUCAUUCAAAAUAGCUGUUGUAAUUUAUUUUUCUCCCCCAAGUGUUUUUGUAUUAAAAAUAUCUUCUUGUAUUGCUCUCAAAUGCAACCUGCAAUAUUUUCAAGUAGUGAAGCUUUGAACUGUUUAUUCUACUGAUAGCUGAUGUGAAAAUUUCCUGUUUCAGAGUAAUUCAGCCUACUUUAUAAAGAAAUACACAGUAGAUCACAUAGAGUAUGUUGUUUUCAAGACCUUACUCUACCUUGUUUUGUAUUGCUUCCUAUUAGCUUAUUAGUAUUGGAGGAAGUUGUGCUUCUGCACUGCAAGUCCUUCAUUUACAGUCAAAGGUGUUACUGGCAUGCACUUUACCUAUUUGCUGAAUAUGAUGAUUAUAUAUACAUACACUGUGUAGUGUGAAAUAAAAUAUUGUCUGGGAUUCUCUUUCUUGUUUGUUUCUGAUACCUAAAUCACUGUUGUUUUACUGUGAAAGGAAAGUAUGUUUACACAACUCUGUCAUGAAUUUAAAAAUAUACUUUGCACAAAAUGUAUGUUAACUGACCCUGGUGCUGACUGGGAAUGGAUCUGUACACUGAAUUAGUUUAGAUCAAGACUGCCAAAAGCGAAUGCCAAUUACACAACAUUUAGCUUAGCAUUCUUUGUGCCAUAUUUUUACUGAUGUGAUUUUUAUCAUGAGCUGUUGCAUCUGAUACCAUAUCUGUGAUUUGUGUUAGUUCGUGUCCAUGCUAAAACAAAAUUGUCAUAUGAUUUGUAAGAAGUGACCCAUUCUAGAGGUGUACAUUUACAUCCUAGCCGAGUUUCAAAUGCCCGGAGGAGUUUCACUCUGUAAUUUAUUAAAUAUAUUGGACUAGUGA